GAAUUGCUCCCAGCACCGCCUCGAUGGAAGUAUGAAACAGUUACAACCGAGUUUCCAACAACAAAGAUCCUCCGAAUAUUUUAUCGGGAUGCAAUUGAGUGCUUACAAUCACUUCUCAGCCACCCACUGAUGGCUACCAGCUUUGAUUUCAUCCCUCGCAAAGUUUAUGAGUCUGCUGAACGUGCUGUCUGA